UAAAAAAAAUUCUAUCUUGUAAUAAAGAACCCAGUGGCACCGUGAAAACAGUAACAAUAAAAGGAUAAUAGAAUGUUAAUUUCAGGAAAAUAUGCUGAAGAAUGCUUUAAUAAUAUCGGAAACAAGACUGGAGUGAAAACAUGGAGAAUACAGAAUGAAAGACUCAUAAUUCAAUUAAAAAGAAAUUUCGGGACAUUUCACGAUGCCGAAAUUUACAUAUUAUUACAGACAUCAAAAGAAGAUAGCAUCGUAAAGCGAUCACUGUAUCUUUGGAUUGGUUCGCAAUCAACCAAUAAUGAUCAAGAAGAAGCAAUUAAAAUAUUUACAAAAGCUGAAAGUUAUGUUGGCAGAGCAAAUGUUUAUAUACAUUUUCAGAACAAUGAAUCAUGUUAUUUUAUGGAUAUGUUUCCAAAUGGCAUAAAAUACUUGAUAGGAUACGCUGAUUCAUUUCGACAUUUUGAAAAUGGUCAAUAUGUAAAAAGAUUGUUUCAUGUUAAAGGCAAACGAAAUAUUAGAAUUGAACAGGUACCUUGUUCAUACCAUUCAAUGAGUGAUGGAAACACAUUUAUUUUGGAUGAUGAAUGGAUGAUUUACUGUUGGAAUGGAAGAGAAAGCAAUAAAAUUGAAAAAAUAAGGUCAUUGCAAACAGCUCAAAUGAUAAGAGAUCAAUUCUGCUAUGGCAAAGCAAAGAUAAUUAUUGCAGAUGCAGGAAUCGACGAAAAAGAAGAAAUUCAAUUUUUCGAAGCGCUUGGUGAAAAAGGUCCUAUUAAACCUAAAACACAAAAAAAUGAACAAAAAGUUGAUUCUCAUCCAAAACUUUAUAGAAUCACCAAGAAGCCAUCAGACAUAACAACAAUACCACUUCACCACAGCUUACUAAAUUCUGCAGAUUGCUACAUAUUAGAUUUAGAUAGCUUUGGAUUGUUUGGAUGGAUUGGAGCAACAGCAAAGCAAAAAAUUACAGCCUAUGUUUUUAAUUUUGCAAAAGAAAACAAUUACCCAAAAAAUACAAGAAUUCACAUUAUGCACGAAGGCAAUGAACUGAAACAGUUUACAGAUUUUUUUCUAGGAUGGAGAUAUAGAACCAAUCAACAAAUUUCAGAAAGAAUAGGUAAUGAUUUAGUCAAUGAUCAUAUUAAUAGCAUGGUUGAUGACGCAUCUGGACCAAUCAAGAUUUGGAGAGUUAAAGAUUUCCGAAGAGUUCCAUGGCCAACGCAAAACUAUGGCAUCUUCUAUGACACUGAAUGUUAUAUUGUUUAUUAUAAGAGUAAUAACACACCUCAACAAAUAAUAUACAUAUGGCAGGGUAAAAGCAGCAAAGAAAAGGAUAAAGCAGACACUUUUCAUUUUGCCCAAGAGCUAGAUGAUGCAUUAAAUGGAUGUGCAACACUAAUAUCUGUGGUGAACACAAAGGAGCCAGAACACUUCAUUCGCAUCUUUAAAGGAAAACUAACCAUUUUAUUUGAAAACACACAGGAUUUUAAUGAUGCAAAAAAUGUCGUCAGCAAAGCAAAAAAUAAACUUUUUAAUACAAAUAACAAAAUUUCCUUUUACCAUAUCAAGGGAACUAUACCAUACAACACUUUAGUGAGACAGAUACCACCUAAUGGAUCACUUCUUCAUUCUGAUAAUAUAUUUUUGUUGCAUCUUGGGAAAAAAAAUUAUGUGUGGGAAGGAAAGCUUGCAAGUGAGCUUGAAAAAGAUUAUGGAGAAUUAGUUGCAGAUCGAAUUGCACCUAAUGGGGAUCUCAUCAUUAUUCAAGAAGGAUUUGAACCAAAAGAAUUUUGGAAGGCUUUAGGUGGAAUGCAAAAGUAUAACUUACAAAAACGAGAGGAAGCAAUCAAAAAAAGAGAUGGCUUGAGAUUAUACAAAUAUUCUAACAAGUUACGUAAAUUCAAUGAAAUAUUCCCAUUUGAUCAAAAGGAUCUGAAUGCUGAUGAAGUCAUGAUCUUAGAUCAUUAUAACCAGGUUUUUGUUUGGGUUGGAAAAUUUGCAAAUAGAUUGGAAAAGGAAAGAGCUUGGGAUACAUUAAAGGAAUUCCUAGAAAAUGUGUCAACUGGCAGAAACAUGGCUGAAAUAGGAACCUUUCAAGUCAAACAAGGAUUAGAACCAAAUGGAUUUAUUGAGCUAUUUGAAAGAUGGGAUCCAGAAUUACAGGAUAAAAAAAGUUAUGAAGAGCUAAAAAGAGAAAUUCAAAAAGAAAAUAUAUUCAUAAAGUAUCCUGAGAGAUCACUGACUUCUAGAGCUCCCUCCCUGCAAGUUACGCCAAAAAGUCAGCGUUAUGAAAAACGUCUUCGGUACAGUUACUCAUGUGAAAAUCUAAGAAAUCCCCAAACCUUUAGAACUGAUUUUAUAAAUCAGCGAUGGAAAUAAAUUAUUAAAAACUAUGAAUCUAUCAAGAACAUUAUUUCCAUUACAAAUAUUUUAAUUACAGUUUUAACUUUUCAACUAGCAUAACUUAAAUUUAAAAAAUUUUUAAGUAGCAUAAUUUAUAUCAAAAAUAUUUUCAAUUAGCAUAAUUUUUGACAAAAAUGAUUUUAACUCACAUAAUUCAA